AUGGAGUUGGUAGCAGAGCUGAAUGAGAAGAUUCAGGAGGUGAAUGCACUCCAUGAUAAGGUUACUAAGCAUUGUACCACUACUAAGGACCAUGUUACUUGCUUCAUACAGAGAAGAUUAAGGCCUUGGCUGAACAAUACAGGUUUACCAAUGACGGGGCUCUGAUUAAGCUACAUAAUAAGAAGAUUAAUAGCUCAAUAUUUAUGAGUAACAAGAUUUAUAUUAGUAUAUCUUUUUACAUACCUGUGUCUUUAUUUUAUCUCUAUCUCUAGUGUUCUUUAUUUCUUAUUCCCCAUCACAUGUCUUGUCUUCAGUUUUAGUUGACUAUGAGGAUUGUUUCCUGGAUUGGUGGUAAACUUUCCAUAUCAGAAUUUUGAAAUACUAUGUUUCCACAGGUGGUUGAUCAAGCUAACUCUUAGUACCCUGAAGAUGGUCUUCUUUAGGACUAUGGUGUCAUCUCAGACAAGGAGAUCCAUGACCUCCAAUGGCCUAACAUCAACAAUGAGAGAUGCUUACUUGUUAUACAGAAUGAGUUAACUAUGGGAACUACUGUUGGCUGUGGCAAUGGUCUUGAGUCCUUUACCUGCACCUUUGAUAUGUGUGAAAUCAAGCAUACAUCCCACAAGAUUGUGGUCUUGUCUUAUAACAAGAAACUUGGCAGGUUUCCAGCUGCUGGUGACUCGGGGUCCAUCCUUCUUGGAAGGUAUAGUUGCAUUGUUGGACUCCUUUCUGAUCACUCUGGCCUUUCUGAAGAGACUGAUAUCAUGUACGUCAUCCCACGCUAG